AACCUAAGAUCAAUCUCCAUUGAUACCCAAAAAAAGACUGCUUGGAUUUAGGCUGGCGCGACCCUAGGGGAAGUUUACUAUAGAAUCGCGGAAAAAAGUAAAAAAUUGGCCUUUGUUUCUGGGGUUAGUCCUGUUGUAGGUGUUGGUGGACACUUUAGUGGUGGAGGCUAUGGCAUGAUGUCACGAAAAUUCGGUAUUGCUGCUGAUAACAUCAUUGAUGCAAAAUUAAUCGAUUCUGAUGGACGAAUCCUGGAUCGAAAAUCAAUGGGUGAGGAUCUCUUUUGGGCUAUUAGAGGAGGUGGAGGGACUAGCUUUGGUCUCAUUAUAUCAUGGAAGGUGAAACUACUCGAUAUUCCAGAAAAGGUGACUGUGUUCAAUGUGGGACGAACGUUGGAACAAAAUGCAACUCAGCUUGUUUACGAAUGGCAACAUAUCGCAGACAAAGUUGAUGACAAUCUCCUCCUCAUGAUCUUCUUGAGAGAUAGUGAAUUUCCAUUCGGGGGUGGGCAAAGGAGUAUCUAUGCCUUUUUCACUACAAUGUUCGUUGGAGGGGUAGAUGAACUCCUCCACGAAAUGCAAAAGAGGUUCUCAGAACUAGGAAUAAUGAAAGAAGAUUGCAUUGAGAUGAGUUGGAUCGAAUCUAUACUCUUCUUUGCCGGUUUCCCUAGGGGCACAUCACUUGAUGUGUUACUAAAUCGGAAUAAUACUAAUCAAGUAGGAUUCUUCAAAGGAAAAUCAGACUAUGUGCAACGUCCAAUUUCUAUAAAUGGUCUUGAAGGUAUAUGGAAACUACUCAAUCAAUCAAUAGGCGAAAACUCAGGUGCCGAAUUACAGUUUAGUCCUUACGGAGGAAAGUUGAGUGACAUCUCAGAAUUUGAAACUCCUUUCCCUCAUAGAGCUGGAAAUAUAUUCAUGAUCGAGUAUGCAGUGUAUUGGGGGAGAAUGGAAGAUUCUACAAGAAACAUAGCGUGGAUUCGAAAUCUUUAUGAAUACAUGGCUAAGUAUGUUUUAAAAUCUCCUAGAGCUGCUUAUUUCAAUUAUAGAGAUCUUGAUUUGGGAGUGAACAAUAAAGGAAACUUUACAAGCUAUGCACAAGCAAAAAUUUGGGGAGAGAAAUACUUCAAGAACAAUUUUGAUAGAUUGGUGAAAGUGAAGACUAAAACUGAUCCAACAAAUUUCUUUAGGAAUGAACAAAGUAUUCCUCCUCUAUCAUCUGAAGCUUAG